AUGCAAUUACAUCAGAUUGCAACACAACAACCUGGAACUAUUACUUACAGAGACUUGGGAUGUUUUUGUGGGUCACAAAGGGGUUUAUGUUCAUGUUACGAACCAAAAAUCCACAAAUUCGAAUGUCCUACGACAGAAAAUAGAGGCAUUGAAGCAGCUGAUACAUUAGAUGAUAUUGAACCAUCAGAUUUAAUGAAUGUGGAUGUUGAGAUAAACCUUGAGGAACUGUCAGCGAUGAAUGAUGUAAACUUUUCAUCAAUUGGUGAUCUCACAAAGCCAAACCAAACUAACUCAGCGCUUGAAAAUGUGGACGAGGACUUUUCUUUCAUUGGAGAUUCUUCGAAACCAAAUACUAUCAAAGCCAACUCAUCGAUGGACGAGGUAAAUAGUUGUUCAAACGGAAACACUGGUAAGCCCAAUAUUAGCCAAGGCGAUUCAGCGAUGGAUGACGUGGACUUCCUUUCUGUCGGAAAGGUCAAAACGCAAAACAAUGGUGACAUUGUUAUUGAAGUCGUGGACAACACAAAGACUGCAAAAGAUAAGAUGAGCGUUAAAGAGUCAACAGUGAUGGAUUAUCUGAACAUUUCAUACACAAAUUCUACAGCUGAUAAUAAGCCGAAUGUUUUCAAAACUGACUUGGUAAAUGACAUUCAAAUGUUGGACCAAAAUACCACCAAUGAUGAGAUUAUUGUAGAGGAAACAACUGUAAUGGAACGUCCACAUAUUUCCCCUACACAUCCCGCGGAUUACACACAGACAAAUGCAGUUAGCCAAGCCGAUUCAUUUAAAGAGAAUUUAAGUACUAUGAGGAAGAUCCCAUGUAUUGUCGACCUAACCAUUCAUCCUUUGGAGAUGAAACUUACUUAUAAGCCUAAAAAAAGGUCUAGCAGCAGCGUGUUAUGUGUUUCGCAACCAAAAGUGAAGAAAAGUAUUGAAGAAGAAAUAAACUCGAAAAAUAACAGCAAACCAUGCACUUCAAAAAGCUUGCGAAAAAGUACAGUUUCUAUUUUGAGUAAUGUUUCUGUUGACUUAAAAUCUAAAACCGAACAAACGAGAUUACCGAAACAAUCAAAAGGAUUAAAGAUGAUUGUGAAACGCGCAUUUACAUGUUACAGUUGCAAUGGUCCUCUCCUCUCGAAUUGCAUUACUAAAUGUAUAUCUUGUUGUAACCGAUUUUGUUUGGCCUGUGCCACGGGAGAAGUCACCAAAGAUUAUAUUUGCGAUAAUUGCCUUAUGUAA